AUGUCCACUUUACUAUCACUUCCUAUCGAGAUCUUACACGACAUCCAUCUCCUCUCGACAUCCGAACACCUGCCGAUAACGUGUAAGCGACUCUUGGAUAUAUACUCACGCACGACCACCACGCGGUAUCGGGCGCAAUUCCUAUGGAAGAAGUAUGUGCUGAAAGACUCAGAAGACGGCUCAGUGUCGAAGAAUCGUAGUAUAAGGGACGGUGCUGCGGGGCGAGAGAGACGGAAGAAGAUCCGCUGGGACGCUAUCCUGGCCACCCCGGCAUGCUCGAUCGAAGUCCUCCAGAUCCUACGAGACUUCUUUCACUCCGAUCUACCCGCUCCUUCGGAUCCCGAGGAUCUCCCCAAGAUCAAGGUCUCAGCACUCCCCGUCCGACUCUUCAAAGCUUUAUCCCCUACGCCCUCAGAUCCCUCGCCAGCCAUCAUCAAGGAUCACGCCGACCAGCUCGACCAAGCCUUCCGAUACAUUCAUCUCCUCUUAACCGAAUAUGGCACCUCACCCGAUAAGUUUGGCGGCUACCCUCUAGCACGAUCCGUCCUCAGCGGGAACCUCGCCUUCGUCCGACUCCUACUCGACCAUGGUGCCCGGCCAGGAGUCAAGGAUAACCUCGUGAUCAUGGUCGCCAUCGAGACAGGCGACCUGGAACUCCUCAGAUUACUCAUCGAACCUAACUUCAUCCAUCCAAAAGAAACCAAGCAAUCCUCCCCUCUCAUCCCAAACUCUCUUCCUCCCAAAAGUCAUAAGAAACUUAAACUCGAAGAUCGUGUUCAGAUCACCGAUCAAAUGCUCGAACAAGCUAUCAAACGCAAGGACGCCGCGAUGGCCCAGUAUUUCAUCAAUAAGGGUGCUAGACCGACUUUAGAAACGAUCAGGUUAAUCGAAGCAUUGCAAAACAUCUGA